GUGGACGACCAGAUGAAGCUACUGCAGCACUCGUGGUCGGACAUGUUGGUUCUGGACCACAUGCACCAACGCAUGCACAACCAACUGCCGGACGAGACGGCGCUGCCCAACGGCCAGAAGUUCGACCUGCUGUCCCUGGGGCUGCUCGGCGUCCCGGCGCUACAAGAGCCCUUCCACCUCAUCACCACCAAGCUGCAGCAGCUCAAGUUCGACGUCAGUGACUACAUCUGCUGCAAGUUCCUACUGCUGCUCAACCCUGAAGUGAGAGGGUUGAUGAACAAGAAGCAUGUUUCCGAAGGACAUGAACAGGUGCAACAAGCCCUACUCGAGUACUGUGUUACGUUUUACCCCCAAGUUCAGGAUAAGUUCAACAAGCUGCUAGCAGUGAUGCCUGAAAUCCACAACCUGGCGAACCGAGGCGAGGACCACCUCUACGUGAGGCACUGCUCUGGCGGCGCGCCCACCCAGACAUUGCUCAUGGAGAUGCUGCACGCUAAACGCAAAUAACCUCACAGGCUUGAAGCGAUUGAUUCGCCGUGUAGCAGUUGUCGUCGGAGGGAUGGAGGCGAUGGGAGAGACCAGAGCCAACGCCCCAAAAAGGAUCUCACAACCAGGUCACCAUCAUCACAGCCAAGGUCACGAGCAAGGUCAAGGUCACCAGCCGCCAUCUUGGACCACGCAAUCACUCUUUUACAGUGCAAUACCGUUAGUAGUGCCGCAAUUGACAAUGGCAGCGCCAAAAUUACUACAAUUUAAAAUUGUAAAAAACAAACAAGGAUAUUUACUAUUCAAAGUGCGCGCGCAUUUUGUGACGUCAUCAUUUAGACGCCAUAUUGUGCGCGAGUCCACCAGGAAACGAGUGCCUUUGCAAAACAAAACAAAAAACUUUACUAAAAAAAAGAGACCUACUUAGACAUGUGAGGGAGAUAAACAAUUCGAAAAUCAUUUUCAGUACAAAAUCAAGCUACAAAAUCCUACCAGUAGUUGCAAGCAAACUAUAUAUGUAUAAAACAAAAUUGUGUAUUAUUUGUAUAGGUGGUAAAUAUGUUAGAAAAUCUACCUUAAUUAUCAAUUUACUGUUAUUCACAUUGAUGUGAUGAAACUUAGCAAACAAAUUUACCGAUGUUUCCGAAAUUAUCGUGUUCCUCCAACCUUGUAUCAAAAGAAAAUUAUAUUCACAAGAGGGUGUUUAUGUUAACCUAACCUGGAACGUUUUGUUACUAAACUUGGUCUCAUUUUAACCUCAGUAUUUGAGGUUGCCGAAAUUGUGUGAAUAUUGUAUUAGGGUACAAUUAUAUUGUUGCAAUUUUUGCAAUAUUUUUCUGAUUGUAUGCGCUAAAGUAACUGGCAAGCAGCGGAUGGCACGGUAGGUCUAUAGGCUACCAGCCAAUUGUCAGCUUUCUAACUCUAUUUCUUGGCUUCAAAAAAUUACAGAAAAUUUUUAUUCAUAAUAAUUAUCACAGAUCACUAUUUUAAUAUCCUUACCUGCUUUCAACUAUUGUAAAACUAAAUUCUUCAGUUGAAAAAUAAGCUACCUUGGAGAUUUCUAUUAUUGAAGUAUUGUCCUCAACUGCUUACGUACCCUGUCAUCAUAUUUCCUGUUACUUCAUUUUUCUUUGUACUUUUGCAAUACCUACAAUUUAUUGCAAAUUAAUGUACCGUAUGACUUUUCUAAACAUCAUGUUUUUAUUUUAGAAGGUUCAGGCUGACAGAACAGUAGCACUUUUUGCUGCAGUUAGCUCUGUAAUGUCACCAAUUGAAGGGAUCAAACUCUCUUUCAUGUGGUAAUUUGUAAACUAUCUGAUGCCUUGAUUCUAGUACAAAACUAAAUCAUUGGUAAAUUAACUAAUUACAGUAGUUCACAAUCAAUAUAGAAUCAUGUAAAAAUUGUGAGAUUUAGAACCCCUAGAAAGGAGUUUUAUAAUAACUGUGAUUUGACAAUAGAAAAUCGUGAUAACGGAAAAUAAAUGAAAAUCUUUCAAAUCAAUUUCCUCAAAUUGAGAACCCAAAACGGGUCUUGAAAUUUCCAUCUUUAUUGAUAUAUUGAAGUUGAAUUAAAUUCUAUUUCAAAUAUAUAUGAUAUAUUUUUCGAAGGAGCGGGUUACAGAUAGAAUUCUAAUAGAUCCAUGUACAAAGCAAACUAAUUCUGUGUAAAUUUAUUCGUUUAAGAACAUUCCAGGCGUUUUUCGGAAAAAAUACAUGAUCUGGACGGGAUAUUGGGCAUACAUUUUUCUUUAUUUCUUGUAUUACUUCUAAAAUCGUACUGAGUGGCCAGUGAGGCGUAGAUUACUGGCAUACAUCUCAGAUAAAAAAAUAUAUAGUUCAAAAGCAAAACGUCCUAUAUACAAUGGAAAACUAAUGAAAAAAUAAACGGUUGAAUCUUCAUUCAUCAUUAUACUCGUAAUGCUUGAAACCUUAAUGUUGUCUUUUUCGUUCACAUUCCAAUUGCUUUACGUCGAUGUUUUCUACAAACUAUUAAUUCAUAUGUAUACCCCAUCAGAGAUCCAUCAAUUUAUUAUUGAAUCGGUUAAUCAGAUGUGUGAACUAACAUUUUCUUGUCAUAACUGCACAUUUCUACCAGUAUUUUGAUGAAUAUGAUGACCUAGCGGUUUUGUUUUCCAUAUUUUUCUACUAAUAAUUUCUUGUUGAGCAUUGUUAACAUUUGGGCCUUGGUGAUGGUAUUCCUCACAAAAUACGUUUUUUAGAUCGAGUGUUAUAAUAUUAUGUAAGUUAGAUAGAAGCUUAGGCCUAAUGGUGUAUAAAUUAUGUUUAUUAUUACUGUAAUUCAUAUUUUUAUUUGUACAGUCGAGGUAUCCAAGUAUUUUUCUUUACUUGUUAAGUUGAUGUAUUGGAUGAGUGAUUUGUUAUAAUGUUAGAGUCGAAGAUGAUGAUUUUUAAAGUAUUUAAUAUUACUAUUGAAUAUGUGUUGGUCAUUAUGCUUUAUUAUUUUGCCGUAGAUACUCUUAUAAAGAUCAUUUUUUAUAUCACAGUUACCUUAUUGUUUCCCCUAUUAUAUAUGAUAUUAAUAUGAACUCUUUUCAAAUUGAAUUAAUCCCAAUACAUUCCCUGUCAUCCAGUCACUGUUACAGGUUUUUUGUAAUUAUUUCAUUAGAUUGAUAUCAUCCUAUCAACUCCCAAUAUACUUAUUAAAAUGUUGCAAUUUUUUAUUGUUUUUUAACAAUCAUCGGAAAUGGACUUCACAAUUCAUUGCUUUCAGCUAAAAUUCAAGUAGUUCUCUCUGAUUGUGGAAAAAUCCUAAUAAUUUCUCGUUUCUUAAAAAACUCCUAUAAUGGUAUUCAUUUUGAAGAUCUAAUAGAUUAUAUAAUUUCAAAUGAACAAUUUUUACUAAUAAUAAUGAAAAUUCAUAAUUGAUCAAUUCUAUCAAACUAUCUACCUAGCAGUCACUAGAAGACUUUAAACCGGAUGUGAAUUGUGAUUUGAAAUCACUAAACAUUAUAUUUUUCAAAGAAUUCAAAUAAUCAUUGGCAUGGAUUUCUAUAGUAGAUUUUUGUCCAACAUAGGUCUACUUGAAUUUAAUAAUCGUUAAUGUUCCAUUUUUUGUAAGUCUUUCAAAUUUAAAAGUUGUAGCUUUUCAACAAAAUGCAAAUGAAUUCAGAAGACUCUAGAAUUUAUUUUUGAAAACGUGAGCACAUUGAUUGUACACCUCCAAUUAAUUUUAUCAGAUGGGCAUUUCUAUAUUAAGAAUAGUAGUGAUGUUAUUUUAUUGCUGUUAAUCUGUAAUCUACUUCUAUAUGUUUUAUUAUUCAGAAAGCCCUUUGGUCACUCCAUGAUGAAUGGAUUGACUUGUAAAGUGUAUAUUUAUUAUUUCACUGAAUUUAAUAAAAAUGUUGUUCUUUUUUGAAUUCUAUUGUAAACUAACUAGGCUACUAUUGUCAAAGUUUCAUAUCAUCUUCAGUAUGAAAGAGAAUUUUUAUGCGUAAGUGUAUUGUGUUCUCUCUGUGAAAAUGUUUCAGGCUUAGAAUUUAUUGAUAUUAUACGUCAGAUAAGUAUAGCUAUAUUUUUCUAACAGAACAGGUGCUUAUAUUGUUGUCAAAACACGUUUUAUAGUAUGAUGUUUAUCGGCUGUCGUCAAUCCUACUAAUUGAUUCAGUAGAACGAUAUUAUUAUUCUCUUAUUUUGUUCAUCCAACUGACCGACCGCUCAAUCUUGUAAUGAAUGAUAUUAACAACAAUCUUUCUCUCAUUGUUCAAAUAAUGCUCGAGCCCUUGAUUUUUCACGAAUAGCAAGUAAUUGGGUGUGCUUAAUAUAACUUAAUUAUGUGUGUAGGAUCACUGCCAUGCAUGCUAGCUAGAUUGGAUCUGAUGUUAAUGGAUAGAUAUUGCUGAUAGGUUUGCUAUUCAAUUUUUGUACGUUUGUUAUUUAUAAGUAUGAUGAUCAUUGAAAAAAAUUGGUAAGAUAUUUUGGUAACUUAUAGAUGUGAAAUAUAUAUUUUCUGUGGUCGAGAAUUGAGUAAAGUACCAGCUUGGUAUUUUCUUAUAUGGGAUAAGCUUGAAGGCCGUGAUAUAUAGAAAUGUGAUUUAAUGUGUAAAAUUGAUGAAGAGAUUUUAUUUUUUAAAUAGAAAGAUGCAAUUCAAAUUUUGAUCCCGGUAUUCUGUUACAUUGUAAUAUUUCAUUUUAAUCAAUUCAUCAUAAUUUCUCUGAUCAAAAAACAAUUUACCUUCCAUUAUUCUGUAGAUAUUUUUGAAUUUGGUAAAGGAACAUUGAAAUAUCUUUUCUAACAACAUGAUUUUGAGCUUCCUUUUUUCGAUUCCAUUCGUUGUGACGAUUCUAGAUUCUCAUACUAAAUGUUAUCUAACCCCUUUUUCGUUUAAUUUUACUAUUUUUUUCGAUAACUUUAUGACUACAAUGAAAUUGAUCUCAACAUUUUUGUCACUUGCAUAAUGCCACUUCAAAUCAAUAUGCUAUUUGGGCUAAAGCUUGUUUAUUUUUAUCCGAGUUUAAAUAAAUGAUUGUAUUUUCUGUAGUAUGCGUAAAGAUUUUUCCCUCUAAAUUUUAAAACUGUGUUGUAAUUUUUCAAUUUUCGUAAAAUUUUUAUGUAUUUCUUCAAUAGAAUUCGAAAUGUGAAAUAGGUAAUCACAAUUUUAUAAAAAUUGUAUUUUUAUGUACAGUAUUUGAUUGUCAUUUUGGGCAGUAAUUCAAAAUGUUUGAAUCUGAACAAUAACAGUGAAUUUUGAUCCAUUAGGAUUAGGUAACUGUUUUUUGAUCAAGUCUUUUAAUUGUAUAAAUUAGAAUGUUCAAUUAAACAGUUAUAAUUUUUCUGCAAGAUUGCGAUUAUCAUGUAACCUACGAGAUUUAUGCAGUUGAUAAUACAUUUAUUACUUAUGUAAGAUUUUAUCGAAAUUCCAAUCUGGAAAUUGAUCAGAGUACGAAAUGUGAAUCUGUGAUGCGUAGAAAAAUUUCUGUGAUUCAGAAUUUUAACGAGGACUGGACAGUUUUAUCAAUUGGAAUUUUUUUAUCAUGGUUGAAAGUUAAUUUUUAUUCUAUACAUUAUAUAUAUGCUCACCUAGCACUAUUGCAUUGUUCUCUAACAGUUUGUAUUAAUAUAAUAGAUAUAUUUUAAAAAGUUUAUUACUGUUGAUGUUUCUAGAAACUACGAACCGAUUUCUCAAAGCUUACUAUCAACUUUUAAAUUAUUGUGUAUAUUUUUUGUACGAAAAGCGAUAUUUUGAUUAUGUAUUAUGUUAGUUCUGUUGAAAAAAUUAUUUCUACCAAUGAAAUUUGAUUUGUUCAUGUGUGUGGUAUGUUGUAUGUAAGGUGAUGAGUAGUAGUUUAAUGCCAACUGAUAUAAUAAUUUUUCACUCACUUUUUCUGUUUUAACGGCCGACUAUGCUGUCUGCUUUCUUCUUUGAAUCGUCUGUUUUUUAUCUCUCUCCCUUUUAUCACAUUUAUUUCUAUUGUAAUUAUUAUAUAUA